GGGAUAUCAGGAACCUGCUGAAGUGGAUCAAGCAGAAUCUGUUGAAAGAACGGCCCGAAUUAUUUAUGCAAGGGGAAUCUGUGAGGCCAGGAAUUUUGGUGCUCAUCAACGACGCAGACUGGGAACUAAUGGGUGAGCUGGAUUAUAAACUCCAGGACCAGGAUAACGUGCUUUUCAUCUCGACAUUGCACGGCGGGUGA